AUGUCGAAACAUAACAUCGACACUGAACGUGUGAUAACAGAAGUUCGAAUAAGACCACCUUUGUGGGAUCUAUCUCACGAUUUAUUCAAAGAUAAAGAUGCCAAGCUUCAAGCAUGGUUUGGAGUGUAUAAAGCUCUUUUGCCCGAUUUUAAUGAUUUGUCUGAGAAUGAUAAAAAAGACUUUGAAAAAAGUGUACAACAAAGAUGGAGAACUGCGAGAGAUGCUUACAUGAGAUGCAAAAAUUCUAUGAAAUCUGUGAAAUCGGGAUCGGAAGGCGGAAAGAGAACCAAAUACGUAUUUUUCAAACAUUUACAGUUUCUUGACAAAAAACAUGUUGCCGACACCGAAGAUUCUAUUGAAGAAAAUGAAACAAGAGAAGAUACACAACAAGAUUCAAAUUUAGAGUCUCCAAUCAAUCCACGUUCUACUGAAACAGUAUCCACCAAUCCAGAAACCCAACCACAGUGUUCCAGCCAAGUUAGAUAA